AUGAUUAAAUUUUUCCUCGUUAUAAGUCGGCAGUGCAAGGUCAGGCUGUCGAAGUGGUUCAUGCCCGUCAGCUCCAAGGAGAGGAACUCGAUCGUCCAGGACCUGUCGCACAUGGUCGUGAACCGGCACCUCAAACAGUGCAACAUUCUCGAGUGGCGCGACUUCAAGCUCGUUUUCCGCAGGUACGCGAGCCUCUACUUCAUCGUCUGCGUCGAGAAGGACGCCAACGAGCUCAUCGUCCUCGAGAUGAUUCACCAGUACGUGGAGAUCCUCGACAACUACUUCUCGCAGGUCUGCGAGCUCGAUUUAGUCUUCAACUUCGACAAGGCCUACCACAUUCUCGACGAGGUGCUCAUCGACGGCGACAUUUACGAGAGCAACCAGAACUCCAUUGUCCGCAACAUCACUGCUCAGGACGCGAUGAGUGAGAAGACCAAGGGUUUUUCCGCCAAGAAGGUCAUUUAG